GGGGUAGGAGGGUGCCGUAAGGGUAGGGGGUGGGUGGUUUAUCGGCGUAUACACAGUACGAGGGAGAGGACGGCGAAGAGAAUCAGAGGAACGCGAGGCUCCGGGUGGUCCAGCGCGAAAAGUCGUGUGCUGUUUCGAGCGUUGAGAACGCGUUCACGUAACGGAAGAAUAGUUGGCCCUCACGGUACAUGUAACGUUUCGUUCAAUUUUACGUUUUGAAUAUCGCGAUUAUCGAGUUACCGAUGUAUAUUUUUGCGUCUCGUGAUUAUCAAUUGGUGUCGUGAACGUUGGUCCGUCGUUGGUGAUCGGGUCGAUCCUCGUUGCGCUAUAUCUCUGAACGUGGUCGUGCGAUGAUUCGACGAGAGAGAGCCAGUAAGUUGGCGACGUGGUGCUAGAUUGUCGAUGCGGUACUCGCGACACCCUACUCGCCGACCUUCGUGAUUCUCGCUCCUCCGGUGUCUCCGCGUCAUCGAUCCUCUUUGGGUGACAGUGAUCGAGUCUUCGUUCCGGAAGGAUGUAAACUGGUGGAAUUUCCGGCGGUGGAGAAUAUCGAGGAAGAAACGGGAGAAGAAGAGACGCGUGAAUUGGAUCUGCAAGGAAGAAGAGUGUAUAUCUCGAAAGAUGAAUAAACACGAGACCCUCCUAAAUUAAUCUGUACUUCGAGAAGAUCGAGAGUGAACGGAAAGUCGCGUAAUUAAGUGAAAGUCUGAAAAGCACGCGAAUCUGUUGGAUUUGUUCGUGGAAUUUCUUCGUAGUCUGGUUGAACGAGUGGCGAGAGAAUCGAAAGGCGUUCCAGAAGCGUAAAAAUAGGCACGGGCAUAUUUGUGUGAUGAUUCGAUGUACGACGGAAGAGAAUUCAAGGGUCAAGUUGCUGUUUUAUGAUUCCGUCCCGUUUCUCGAAAUAUCCACGUGAAAAGGAGGGAAGAAGGAACGAUCGCGGGCGUAGCGGUUCUUUUAAAGAACGACCACGUGAAAGAUAAAGGUUGAGAAACUCGACGUCGAUUGCUUCAAAUGGAAGAACUAGCGUUUUCAUCCGAUCAACGUCAUCCGAUAUCUGGACGAUAAGUCAGCCAACUGAACGACCGCGAGAGCCGUCUCGUCGGAUUGUCCGCCCGAGAUCGAUCGAUUCGUCUAUUUUUCCUUGGUUUUUCGGUCGUUUGAAAGAUCGCGAGGCUGGAUUGUGAGACAUGGAUGCCUUGCAAUUGCAAGCAGCCCUGGUGAAGCUGGAUCCAGCCACCACGGUGACGCCGAUCGGCUCGAACGUGAAAAUGCUGCCGGCUCAUCAUCGUAUCGCGUUCACGGUCGAUUUGGACGAGAACGAUAUAACGUUGGAAAACGCGACGCAAAACGACGAGAAAUCGAACAACAUGGCUAUGCAGACGAACAACGCCUCUAGAAAGCUUCACAACAAUUGCUCGGCCCAGCUGACCGUACCAGGCCAUCAGAAUCAUCCUAACAACCGGCAGAUAGCGGUGUCCAAGUGCGAAAUGGCGGAGGUCAGGUGACGCCAGCCUGGCUACGACCUUAUCUUUUAUCACACUUAUCCACCGCACAGGGGCAGCAAGUAUCAUGCUAAGCAUCACGCUAAGGAGAUGAGACAUCAUCAUCAUCAUACAAUGCAUCAUCAGCAUCACAGAUC